UUGACCACUCCUCCCUUCAGCCUUCACCCCAUCCUCCUCGACCUCGAUAGUAUAAAUCAUAACUACACUAUCCCCAUUUUUCCAGUCCACCACCGGUCCACCGCCACCGUGACCGUCACCGCCUUCCUCGAAAACAUGGAGAAAUCCGGCUACGGACGCGACGGCAUUUUCAGAUCACUCCGGCCGACACUCGUCCUUCCCAAAGACCCAAACCUCUCCUUGGUCGAAUUCCUCUUCAGAAGCUUCAAUUCACACUCCCACAAGCCGGCCCUCCACGACGCCGAUUCCUCCCUCUCCCUCACCUUCUCCGACCUCAAAUCGGCCGUUUCCAAGUUCGCCAACGGGCUCCGCCAUCUGGGCAUCUCCAGAAACGACGUCGUCCUCAUCUUCGCCCCCAAUUCGUACCAGUUCCCCAUAUGUUUCCUCGCCGUCGCUUCCUUUGGCGCCAUUGCAACUACCGCGAACCCUCUCUACACCACCGCCGAGCUCGGGAAGCAGAUCAAGGAUUCCAAUCCCAAGCUCAUCAUCACCGUCCCCGAGCUGUGGGAGAAAGUCAAGGGAUUUGACUUGCCGGCCGUGUUUCUGGGGCCGCCGGAGCAACUAAGUCUUCCGGCCGGGAUCAGAAGCUUCCAUCAGGUGGUGGAGCUCGGGGGGUCGGCGGAUUUCCCGGCGAACAGGGUGAAGCAGAGCGACACGGCGGCGCUUUUGUAUUCGUCGGGGACGACUGGGGUCAGCAAAGGUGUGGUUUUGACUCACCGGAAUUUCAUCGCGGCGGCGACGAUGAUCACCAUGGAUCAGGAAACGGCAGGGGAAUCGGACAACGUUUUCCUCUGCUUCUUGCCGAUGUUCCAUGUGUUUGGACUGGCUGUCAUCAGUUACUCGCAGCUGCAGCGAGGGAAUUCGGUGGUGGCGAUGGGGAAAUUCGAUUUCGAGAUGGUUCUGAAGGCUGUGGAGAGGUACAGGGUCACCCACAUGUGGGUUGUCCCGCCGGUGAUACUUGCUCUGGCGAAACAGAGCUUGGUGAAGAAGUACGACUUGUCGUCGUUGAAGGAGAUUGGCUCCGGAGCAGCUCCUCUAGGGAAAGAUCUGAUGAUGGAAUGCUCCAGGAAUCUCCCCAACGUUGCAAUUCUUCAGGGAUAUGGAAUGACAGAAACUUGUGGGAUUGUUUCGGUGGAGAAUCGAAGGGUAGGGCCUAAGCAUUCUGGUUCAGCUGGUACACUAGUUGCAGGAGUUGAGGGCCAAAUUGUUAGUGUGGAUACUCAGAUGCCUCUUCCACCAACUCAGCUUGGAGAAAUUUGGGUUCGAGGGCCGAAUAUGAUGCAAGGUUAUUUCAACAAUCCACAGGCUACAAAGCAGACUAUAGAUAAGCAGGGUUGGGUACAUACUGGAGAUCUCGGGUACUUCGACGAUAAUGGACACCUAUAUGUUGUGGACAGGAUCAAAGAACUUAUCAAAUACAAAGGCUUUCAGGUGAAGCUUGUUUGCAAAAAGGGAAAUAUGGUUCUGUAAUUUGCAGGCCACUCUAUCAAUUGUUUCAAAUGGUUGAUUCUUAUCAUUCUCAACAGGUUGCUCCAGCUGAGCUAGAAGGGCUGCUAGUUUCUCACCCCGAGAUACUAGAUGCUGUUGUCAUCCCUUUUCCUGAUGCUGAAGCCGGUGAAGUCCCCGUUGCCUACGUGGUUCGCUCCAUCAACAGCUCGCUGACCGAAGUAGAUGUUCAGAAAUUCAUUGCCGAUCAAGUUGCAUCUUUCAAAAGACUGAGGAGGGUGACCUUCAUCAACACUGUCCCUAAAUCAGCUUCAGGGAAGAUCCUCAGGAGAGAACUCAUCGAGAAAGUAAGGUCCAAAAUAUGAGAGCUAGGCUCAAGCCUCAAUGUACCAACUGUGUUCACUGUAAAUUCCAGGAGAGGUGAAGUAGCAAAUUGAAGUUCAGAACAUUUUCACCAUUGGUGUAGUUGGUGGGGAUACUUUAAUAGAUGUGGGGAAGGGAAAUAAAAUAGACUAGCUUAUUACCCGGUCCGUUGGCCGGAUUACUGUAUGUUACUCACUUGUGGAAUGGGAGAGAAAGCAAGUGAGAGUGAAGGGAUUGGGAUUCUACUUGAUUAGGACCGACCCACUAAUUCAAUUCUUCCCGACCCGCCCCAACCUACAGGGUCAGAAAGAGUCAAUAAGAAAAUACGAACAGGGAGGAUUAGUCAUAUAUCUUGACUCUUCAGAAGUGGGUCAAACAGGAUCAAGGUUGGGUGAGGGCAAUUUUUAGCGCUAAGCAGAGUUCUGGGUUGAAUACCUUUACUUAGGCCUAGAAAUUGGUGCUGAUGCAGACUGCAGUUUUUAUUAUAC